UCUUUAUAAAAAUGUCCCAAGGAACUCUUUUCGCCGACUCUAAAAUCAGGGGAGCCAUUCCUACUGCUUUGAUCAAGCACUUUAACUUGGAUGUCGAGAUUGUCGAGCCAGAGUCUUCUGCCGCUUUCAAGAAGUCCUUCCCUUUGGCCAAGGUGCCAGGCUUCAUUGGCCCUAAGGGUGUGAAGUUGAACGAGGUCAUUGCCAUCUCUGUUUACUUGCUCUCUCUUGUUGAGGACCACAAGUUGUGGGGCAAGAACAACACCGAGUACGCCGAGAUCUUCAAGUGGUUGUCCAUGACCAACUCUGAGUUCUUGCCUGCCGCCGCCAAUGUCUUCAAGCCAUUGAAGGGUUUGAUGCCAUACAACAAGAAGCAAGUCGACGAGAGCAGAGCUCUCUUGGACAAGGUCACCGGUAUCUUCGAGGACAGAUUGUCCAAGUACACCUUCCUUGUUGGUGAGAGAUUGACCUUUGCCGACUACUUCGCUGCCUUCCUCUACGUGGUUGCCUUCAAGUUCUUGUUCGGUUCCGAGUGGAGAAAGCAAAACCCAUCCAUCACCAGAUGGUUCAAGACCGUGAGCUCGCAGGCUUUGUUCAAGGCCGCCCUCCCAGAGGUCGAGAUGUGCGCCAAGCCAAUCGAGUACGUCCCACCAAAGAAGGAGAAGAAGGCUGCUGCCCCAGCUGCCAAGAAGGAGGCCCCAAAGAAGGAGGCUGCCCCAGCUGAGGCUGCCCCAACCGAGGCUCCUAAGCCCAAGCACCCAUUGGAGUUGUUGGGCAAGCCCAAGCAAGCUCUUGACGAGUGGAAGAGAAUUUACUCCAACGAGGAGACCAGAGAGACUGCCAUUCCAUGGUUCUGGAAGAACAUGUACGACCCAUCGGAGUGGUCUUUGUACAAGGUUGACUACAAGUACAACGACGAGUUGACCUUGACCUUCAUGUCCAACAACUUGGUUGGCGGUUUCUUCAACAGAUUGUCUGCCUCUACCAAGUACAUGUUUGGUUGCAUGGUUGUCUACGGAGAGAACAACAACAACGGUAUCACUGGUUUCUUCUUGGUGAGAGGCCAGGACUUUGCCCCAGCCUUCGAUGUUGCUCCAGACUGGGAGUCUUACGCUUACACUAAGCUUGACGGCUCCGACGAGAACGUCAGAAAGUUCGUCGACAACAUGCUUGCUUGGGACGAGCCUGUUGAGGUCAACGGUGAGAAGGUUGAGAUUGCUGACGGUAAGGUCUUCAAGUAAGCGUUCUCCGGACGUUGUGGCUGUAUCGCUGACGAAUAUACGAAUUUCUUUGCAUGCUUUGUAGGCUUUUUGAUGCGACUGGUUAUGUAUUCCGGCCGACGUCCUGCUGGCCGUGUUAUUGUAGAUGCGCUCCUUUGUGAUCUGCUCUUUUGGACCCGUUUGAUCUCCUAGAAGGGGUGGAAACGGACGUACACAGAAGAGCAUUUCGGGAUUGAUUUCACAUAGGUUUGUACCUUGUUUGAUUGCGUCUGCUUAGCUAAUGUGAUCGAAUCUUACGAAAAUAAUGUUCAUGUUUCUUUUUCAUUGGCAUGUAGAAAAGAUCUAGUGGUGGAACAGGGGAAUUGGAUGCCACUUCCGAACAGUUGCUAAAGCACAGACAAUCCGUUUAGUGCCUGCAUCGAGAUAGCACCGGGCACAGCGUGCUGCUUUUCCUAACAAUAAC